GAAAUUGAUUGGAUUUCAUCACAACAUAAACAGUAAAAGUGUUUCGCAUUUGAAGUGAAAUACAGGCAAACAAUCGAUACAAUCAUUGCUGAAGACAGACAUAAAGACAUGGAUUCAAUGGAUUUCCUCAACGACGACAACGACGACGACACCAAUGCAUACAAAUUGUUUGGCGGCAAAGAAGGCAUUGUUUUCAUCAUUGAUGUGACGAAAGACAUGUUUACCUCCGAUGGACACCACUUCUCACUCGCCCGACAGUGCGUGGAGAAUGUGAUGAAAAACAAAGCCAUCGCGAAUCCAUCCGACGAAUCGGCGCUUAUUUUUAUGGGAACCGAUAAGACGGACAAUGAGUUAGCGUUUGAACACAUAGUCGUCGACCACAAGCUCCAGAAGCCGAGCGUCGAUCUAAUUCUUGGUAUUCGAGAGCUUACCGAAGAGGUUUUUGAGACCCGGUUUGGACACAACGGCCGCUACUCUUUAGCCGAUGUCUUUAUGAUUGCUAUAUCGGAAUUCACUAAAAGCAAAUCUCAUUUCGCGACAAAACGCGUCAUUUUGAUGACUUGUUGUGCGAAUCCGUAUUCAGACAACACCACCGAAAGCAGACACUUGAGGUCUACAGCCAUUAGUAGAGCCAAAGAUUUUAAAGACCACAACAUCGACGUUGAAUUGAUCCCAAUUGGAGACCAAGCGUUUGACACCGAAGUGUUUUAUGAGUCUGUGUUUCCACAUCUGAAAGACGACAAGAGUGACAAUAAUAUGGUAAAAUUGGAUCAAUUAAUGUCUAGAGUUUAUAGCAAAAACCACACGCAAAGAAUAUUGGCUUCACUGCCGUUCCGUUUCGGCUCAACCACUGGACCCGAUGGAAAGUCAACUGAUGUCCAGAUGACUGUCUAUGUCUACAGCCUCUGUUUGGAGACCAAAAAGCCGACGGCUAUUCGAGUCGAUCGUAAUGACAAUAAACCAGUUGUGGCGCAAACCCAGCGCUGGACAGCAGACGUCGGGGCGAGCGUUACAUCCGAUGAAUUACAUAAGAAAUACAAUUUUGGCGCCGAAAACAUACUUAUGAACAAAAGUGAACUCAAAACGGGUAAACAGAUGGAGGACUCGUCCAUUACUUUACUCCCGAAAUUCGGCUCCUUACGGUGUGCCGACAGAAAGAAAGUGGUCAUAUGUCGGCUCACACUCAGGAAGUCAUCGCCGCCUCAUUUGGUGGCACUUUUACCCCAACGAGAAGACACUUCAAAGGGAAAACCCGGAGGUUUUCAAGUGAUAUAUUUGCCAUUCAAAGAGGAAGUAAGACAUCUGGCCGUCGACGGGGCGAAGAACCUCGACGUCAAACCCGAGGCCAUAGAGUUGGCUAAAAAUGUUGUCGAAAAGUUGACAUUUGCUUUCGAUGCGAAGGACUUUGAGAAUCCAGUGCUUCAAACACAUUGGCAGUUGGCUAAAAAUGUUGUCGAAAAGUUGACAUUUGCUUUCGAUGCGAAGGACUUUGAGAAUCCAGUGCUUCAAACACAUUGGCGUACGAUUGAAGCGCUGGCUCUUAACGAGGCUGACGUCGAGCCCUACGACGAGCCCCGAACACAACCCGACUAUAAACACAUCGAAACCGAAGCCGGUUAUGAUAUGUACAGUUUGAACACAAUGUUGGGCGCCUAUAACGUGGAGCCGACCGUCAAACCGGUCACACUUUACACGGAGGAGCAAAUGAGGGACAAAUGCAAACAAAACAAGAUUGGAUCCCUUACUGUGGCUGAAUUGAAGGCGUUUUGCAAUCACAACAACAUUUCGGUUCCGAAUAACGUCAAAAAGGCUGAUCUCAUUCAACUCGUUGCCCACUUUUAUACAAACAAAUGA